CUUGUCCUGUUAGCGGUUGUUAGCUUGUGUGCUAACUGUGAGCUAAAGUUAACUGUAGUACUUUCACUUUCUGACAGUCAGGGAAACCCUCUCCGGGAUGAACACAGCUUCCUGGGAAACGAAACCAGACUCCGCUCUUGUUGUUCAUGUCAGUCUUUAGAUCACAAAUGUAGAUUGUUAAAACGUUUCCGUGUCGGUUUGGCAACUUGGAGCCGCUGGCGUGUGAAAGAUCAACCGUCGCAGCUUCAAACACGCAGUUAGUUUACCUGCUAGCUUUAGCGGCUAGCUCGGCUAGCAUGGACAGCAUGCAGAGUAACGAGGAGAGGGGGGCAGAGAGACAAAUGGAUGAAUACCUGAAAUCGAUCGGCUUUCAUCGGAAGAAGAUCGCCAAAGACGGCUCGUGUUUGUUUCGAGGUGUCGCCGAGCAGGUGCUGCAUUGCCAAAGUCUUCAUACUAAAGUUAGAGCCAAAUGUGUGGAGUUCCUGAAGAAGAACAGAGAGAGCUACGAGGCUUUUAUUGAAGGUGAUUUUGAGGAUUACCUGUUCAAGCUUCAGGACCCACAGCAAUGGGUGGGAGAGGUGGAGAUCCAUGCACUGGCUGUCAUGUACAAGAGGGAUUUUCAGAUCUUCCAGGAGCCCGGCAAACCAGCCGUCAACAUCACAGACCACGGCUUCAAGGACAAGGUGCGGUUGUGUUUCCUGAACGGGAAUCACUACGACAGUGUCUACCCCAUCAGCCACCUUAAAAACACCGCUCUGUGCCAAUCCAUCCUGUUUGAGCUGCUCUACGACGACGUCUUCAAAGUGGACCGCAGCGCUCUGAGCGUGUGUCAGCGGGCCGGGAGGCCUCAUGACCUCCUGAUUGAUGACAACAUGAAUGCCUGUCCCAGCAGCGACGAGUCGGACCUCGACACCAAGGAGCCGCUCUGGGUAGAAAAUGGAACGAACACAACGGCCCCGAGACACAACAACAGGGGUCGUGGACGCGGCCGUCUCCUGUCUGAAAGAGUGAGGCGUUCACUGAACCCGACUCUGCUCAGAAAUAUCGAGUACGACGUCUGGAACAAGACUAAAAGAGCUCAGCAGAAGAUGGAUUAUUGUAUUGCUGCAGGGAUGCAGUUCUCUGCUGGAGACCGCUGCCAGGUCCGUCUGGAGGGCAGUGGGCGGAGCUACAAUGCAACUGUGAAGGAGGUUCCCCCUGACAACGGCCUGGUGACGGUUUAUAUCGAAGACCUGGGCAAGAAACAGGUUCCUGUGUGGAGUCUUCGUCCGCCCUGUGAUGAGAACAGCUGGAGCACCGUGGUCAACCGAGACAAGAGGCUCAGCAAUGGACACGGAGAAGGCAGAGGUCGGGGGAAGCAUGUCCCAGCAUCCUCCUCUGUCCCAGCCGCUCCGGGCUCCACUGGGCGCGUGCAGAAACAGCACUCCUGGCCCCCACAGGCGACUGCAGAGGAGCAGGGUGGGGCCAAAUCCACCCGGAAGUCGGUGAGCUCAGCGGAGCCGUCGUUCGGUCUGACGGAGCAGCAGCGUUUGGCCAAAGAGGAGGAGAAGAGGAACGUGGCGUUAGUGGAGAUCCAGCUGAGAGACGAGCAAAGCUUUCCUGCCCUAGGGUCUCAGUCUGGGGGUGUCAGCGACGGAGGGAAGAAGAAAGGAGGAGAGAAGAGACGAUCUCAGAGAAACAAAACGAAGAGUCCAGUUGAAGACACCAGAGCUCCGUCGCCCUCUACUGGAGAAAGACCUAAAUCCUCCACCCCUCCUCUUACUACUACUACUACUACUACUACUACUACUACUACUGCUGCUGCAUCUGCUACUAAUAUUACUCCACCCACCAACCCCCCCACCUCAAAACCCGUUGCUCUGUCUGUAAACUCUGACUCCUCUGAUGCUGACCCGACUGUUAAAUCAAAUGCACCUUCCUACGCCUCUGCUGCUAAAGCCUCACCCACUUCUCCUUCUCUUCCUUCUUCCAUUGCCACCUCUGCCUCUCUCUUCUCCUUCAUCACCCCUGUCCUCCCUGCUGCCUCCUCUCCACCCUCGUCUUCUUCUCUUCCUCCUAAAUCCUCCCCGUCUCCUCCUCUGUCAUCUUCAGCAGCUCCUCCAACUUUUAUCGCUCCCAUCGCUCCCUCUCCUGCUGUGGCACAGAGCUUCCUCCAUCCCUCCUCUCUCACCCGCUCUUCCCCUCCUUUGGUCUCUCUCCCUCACUCCCCCAGUCCUCCCUCUGUCUCCUCCUCUUCCUCUCUGAUCGAUCAGGCUGCUCCGGUUGACACUGCUCCACCGGUGACUACUCAAAAUUCUUUACCAAAUCCUGGCGAUGGGACCCUCCCACCUCAAAGCUCUCUGCUUGAACACCAGAGUCAGAUCCCUGCACCCCUGACCCAAACUCAGACCUCAUCAACCCCAAACCAGCCAACAACAGCCCCAGCCAUUCAGCAAGAACCUCAGCCCCACACUGAAGUCACCCACAUCCCUCCCCCUCUCCCCCAGCCCCAGUCUCACACUCAGUAUCCCCACGAGUCCCAACCAGAGGGGGUCCAGGUCCAGCCAUCUCACCCUCUCCCCUCUCAGGUUUCAGACCCUGUCUCCCAGCCGCCUGUCGCCCCUCCUCACCCGUCCCAGACUCAAGAAGAAGCCCCCACUCCUCUAGCCCGGCCUCAGCCUGAGUCUCCCCCUCAUCAACCUCAUCCUACAUCCCUCCAAGGAGCCGUCCCCCUGCAGCAGCUGUCCCAGCUCUACCAAGACCCCCUGUACCCCGGAUUUCCUCUAGGGGAGAAAGGAGAGGUUAUUCAGACUCCUCCCUUGUCCUGCAGCAGAACGGGGGAUGACCUGCCUCAAGAUAUCAACGUUUUGAGGUUUUUCUACAACUUGGGUGUUAAGGCAUACUCCAUGCCUAUUAUACCCCCCUACAUCUACCUCCUUCCCCUCCAACAAACCCACACCAUACAGCCCAGAAUCCCCUCACGCUCUCCCUCUCCCACCCCCUCUCACACCCCCCACUACCCUCCCUCUAACCCCCCACAGAGGCCACAGGAGCCGUACACUCUCCAUCAGUACCCUCCUACAUCGGCAUCAUUGCCCCCUCAGUACAACCCUCAAGCCCCACCUACUGAUCCCCCUCACCACAGCAACCCCCCCUACAGCCAGGCAGGGUAUCCUCCACCCCACAGGAUGCAGCAUCUGUGGCAGCAGCAGCAGAUCCUACCACCCAGGAACCCAAACUUUCCCAUCGGGUACCCCACACCAAACCCGGCUUAUCCCGUCCCCCCGGCUAUUACUCAGGGGUACCACCCAGGUCAGGGCUCGGGACACUCGCUGUACCCUUCCAGUAUGUCCCCGUAUCCCCCUUCCUCUCUGGGAUAUCAGCCCUCCUCUGCCUCUGAGGAGCUCCAGAUGAGCCAGGGGCCCAUGGAGCAGCAUCAGCCCCCGAAUGGACACAUCAUGCCUGGCCAACGGCCUGUCCAAACUACUAGCCUUCUUGGGAGUCCUCCUGGCGCUACCUUGGCUAAUGCUAACAACAGCUUAACCGUGGUGGUUUCUGGUUUUGGCCACAAGAAGGAGCACGGAGAGGGUUUUUCCAGAGCAGUGCUGCUGGGAGACCCACUUAUUAACAAUCCCAUGCUGGUUUCAAAUACGGGGGAUGCCUCUGUCUCCAUGACAGCCAUGAAGCCCAGCAGCACAUCAGGCUCUUCAACGCCCUAUGACAUCAUCUCCUCAGCGCCCACACCCACUAACAACAACCCUACAUAUGGUUACCACGGCCACCCAAAACCUCUCAAUCCCACCAACACAUAUGUCUCUCUUGGGGCCCCAGAGCCCAGCCAUGUGGACUACCUGGCUAAUGUUACCAUGGCAGAGGGGUUAUCUGUCGGGUGUAGCACAGAGGAUGACUGGGACGAGCAGUCGGCGUUCAAACCGUCGAACUCCAGAGGACAGAGGAGGUACCCAAGGGGAGGGGGAGGGGGAAGAGGGAGAGGAGGCCAUGAUUCAGGGAGAGGGCCCAACCGGAGGAGAUACGUGGCAGACGGAGGGGCUGGGUCUGGCUAUGUCCAGUUUAACUCGUCCCACAGGGGGAGGGGCCGUGAGAGAGGAUACUAGCUGUCAACCAAUGGGAGUAGAGGAAACAGGAAGGCAUUUGUCUUUAUUUUCUUUUGUUUCCCUAAAAGCUUACACACUAUUAUCAGACAUUUUCUUCUUCUUAUGUUUGUCAUCCAGCUGCCUUCCUGAAAGUUGAUUGGUCGAUCCAAAUAUGCCUGAAACAAUCAAAUGUCUUCCCAAAAAGCUGUUGUUGUAUCCCGACAAGUUAAAGUGCUUCAGGUUGCCUUGAAUUUAUAGACACUUUUCUUUGCUAUUAGCUAGCUUGUUAGCGUAGCAAGAUAGCAAGUGGUAGUUUACAUGUCAAUGUACCAUUUACAGCCUUUGAAUGUAUGGAUUUAAAGAGUUGGUGUGCUUCUGGGAGGGCAAUUAUCGUGUUUCGUUUGAGCUACAGAGAGUUUGUGGCAAUGCUGACGUAAUGUUUGAUAAUAGUCUAAUCUUUAUGCGUCUGUUGUCACAUCUUUAUUGAUUAGACAGCAUAUCACCUUUGUUUAAUAGGAAAAGUAGAAUAUUUUAGAAUUAUUAUUCCAUUGCUACAUUUCAUCAAGGAACUGAUGCAUCUUUGGGUCUAAGAGCUAAUAAAAGAAGCUAGUGCUGAAAACAUUAGUUAGUUUGCUUUAGCAUUAAGAAUGGAAAUGAGUGCUGACCAUUAGCAUGGUUGUUAAUGAAAUGACUAAUGCGACUUCUAAUGGAGCUAAGUUUUGAGACAACGGUGACUAUUUCUAUGCUGGGCCGGCUGUUUCCCUUUUUUGAGCUAGGCUAAGCUAAUUACACCAGGCUGUUGCUGCUUUAACAAGAUUUUCAAGCCUUGAUACAAUACAAGUAAAAAUCAAACAAUAUUAGUAUUUGUUUCAAUACAUGGGCAUACGCAUCAUACAAACAUGAGUGCGGUUGACUUCUCAGUAAGAAAUAUUUCUUCAAAUUUAAGGGACGUUUUCUUUAUUCAGAGUCACAUUUCAAUCCUGUUAGCACAGGGAGCUCACAUUUCCUUUUUCAUUUUGUCAUUUGGGAGAUUUAAGCUUUGUCAAAUGAGAAAAUUGAAACCCCUUGAAUGUCAUACAAACAGCCAACACAGAGUUAGCUUAGCUUAGCUUAGCAUGCAGACUAUAAAAUGCAGGAAACACCCCGAAUCCUUUAAAAAGAAGUCAAGUUUGUUUGCCACUUUGUUUUCAUUUUUAUGCUAAAGUAAGCUAUCACUUUUCUUCGAGUGCUAUUUAUAGAAAUUUUUGGGCUUUUCUUCAUCAAUGAAGUGGAAUUUCAAUCCCUAGGACAUUGCUUUAAAUAAAAGAUUCGCUUGUCUGUUAAGUAAUUAGCAUUUGUAUCUUCUGCUGUUUAAUAUGAGAAGGUUGAAACCGCUCUAACGUUUUGAAGAGAGCAGGCUUAGCAUAGCUUAAAAACUGUACCAGGUAGGGCACAGCAAACCUGAAUUUUUGUUUGUUUUUUAAUUAGCCAGGCAUGUUAGCUACUUUACUGUUUUCAUUUCUUAUGCUAAGCUAAGUUACUGCUAAAAAUACAAACAUGAGUUAUUCUAACUUUUCUCUGAGCAGAAAUUUUAGGGCCAAUUCUUCACAGUAAAAACUAAAAUUUAGAAUUUCUGGCGACUUAAAGAUUAGCAUGUCCAUAAAGCUUUUGAUAUUAGCAUAAAUAUUUGAUGAAGAUGCAGCAACCUUUUGUUAGAGUGGUGGGUUAACAUUGCCUUAAUUUUCUGCAAAUAAAGUCAGCAAAUUUUGUUAAUCUUGCUGUUACAUGAGAAGACUGAAACUGCUCUUUUUUCUUUCGCAAACAAGAUUAGCUUAGCUUAGCCUAGCAUAAAGGCAGUUAACGGUGGUAAAGAGCAAACCUGAACCUUUGAAUCCCAAUCAAUCUCUUGUUAUUUAUUAAAUGUGUUGUUCACUUUGGGAAGCAUGCUAGGCUAGCUUAGCUGUUACCACUGGUUUUCACUGUUUAUGCUAGGCUAAGCUAAUUUCCCCCUGAAAGUCAGCCUUUAAAAAUGAGAGUGGUGUCAACUCCUCAAAGCACAUUUUAUGACAAUUAUAGAGCUACAUCUUUAAAAGGCACGCUGAUUUCAGGCAUUUUCUUAAGCUACAGAUGCCCUUAGAGGACACAAUACAUUUUAACCAUGUUAACAAAACUGGAUCAUCAAAAGAAGUCAUUUUUCCUGAUAUCAAGAUUUUUAGGCAUAGUCAACUUUAUUAUCCUACGAAAACAAGACUAAAAAGUCCAGAUUUCAAGAACACAGCUAAAAUUUACAGGUCACCACUGGAUAAUGGCGUGAAAGUUUUUGGAUGUUUUGUCCACUCAGGGCUUCUGUAUUUAGCAUCCGUAAAGGCAGUACAACAAACUCUAGCUUAGCAUGUAGAUAAAGUAUUUAACAAUAGCUUCUGUUAGCACUGUGAACAAAAGUCAGCAUGAACAAAGAAGACAAAAGCAACAGAUAUCUAAUUUUGUUUUAGGAUAGGACCCUAGAGCAGCGUCAUGAGGUGAAAUGCUUCUUUUAAAAACUGCGUAUAGGACUUUGAGGAGAAAUCUGAAGCUGUGUGCACUUAUUUACUUUUUUAAAUGUUUGUCUUUCUGCUUGUUUCUUCUCUAGUGUCUUUGUCCUCUCACAUGGCUUUAUUUUCUUUCUGUUGUCACCGUUGUGCUGUUUCAAUAAAGUUAUUUCUAUUUGAUCCAAUCACAACACUUUAGAGAUUCAGUCAGUGCCUUACGUUUGCUACUUCCUCUGUCUUUAUUUCUUUGUCCUUGAGUUUGGGAAACACUGCUGUACAGAUCCAAGAGCUGUUUGUUGUCUGUGUUGGAAUUUUCUAUGCGGUUGAAUAAAUAAAUAAAACUUUA